UUAUUAUCAGCUGGAAGGAGGAGGCGACGGUGCGUAAAGAGGCGAGCAGGGCUCUCCGAGCCCCGCCGACGCUGCCGAGGGCUGUGUCUCCCUCUUUCCUUCCCUGCCUCCGGCGGGCAGCGGUUGCCCGAGCCCCCGCAGGUAGCAGCGCAGCCUCCGCUACCUGCCCCCGCCGCUCCGCGGGUUUUGCAGCAUCAUCGGGAGCCGCCAAGAGGACCAAGGCGGUGCCGCUGUCCACCCUCCCGCCAGCGGGGCCGGGGUCAGGUGCCACGCCGCGCCGGCGGCUCCCUCUACCCAAUCCGCCCAAGCCCCGCCGCAGCGUCCGGCCCCGGCUCCCACCGCCUCCCGGAGUCCUCGGGGCGGGCAGCGCCGGGGCGGCUGUGGCUGCGGCAGCGGCUGCGGCGCGCCCAUGUGAGCCCCAGUAGCGGGGUGCCCGCCCGAGGCGCGGAAGGCUGUGCACCCUCUGGGCGUGCGCUCCGGCAACAGCGGCGGCGGCGGCUGCAGCGGGAGCAGGAGGAGGCCGCCGGGGCAGCGCUGGAGUGAGAGGGGUCAGCAUGAUGUCCUGGCGGCGGAGGCCGGGACUCAGCCUGGCGCGGCUGUGGGGCUUGUGCUGCCUGCUGCUGGGCUGCUGGCGGGGCGCUCUGGGCUGCCCCGCGUCCUGCCGCUGCAGCUCUUGGCGGAUCUGGUGCGCGGAGCCGGUGCCGGGCAUCGCCUCCUUCCCCGUGCCGCAGGGGAGCGCCGACGGCGACAAUGUCACCGAGAUUUUCAUCUCAAACCAGGAAAAAUUAGAAAGUAUCAAUGACAAUGAAGUUGGAUUUUAUGUUGGACUUAAAAAUCUGACCGUGGUGGAUUCAGGCUUAAGAUUUGUGUCCCGUCAGGCAUUUGCAAAAAACAUCAACCUACAAUACAUCAAUUUAUCCAGAAACAAGCUCUCAAGUUUGUCCAAGAAGUCUUUUCACCAUCUGGGUUUGUCUGAUCUGAUAUUGGUGGACAAUCCGUUCAAGUGUUCCUGUGAAAUUAUGUGGAUCAAGAAAUUUCAAGAGACCAAGUUUUAUACAGAAACUCAGGAUUUAUACUGCAUAGAUGACAAUGACAAGAGGACAUCAUUGAUGGAUAUGAAGAUCCCGAACUGCGACUUGCCCUCAGCAAACCUAAGCAAUUACAACAUCACCGUAGUGGAAGGAAGAAGCGUCACAUUAUACUGCGAUACUACUGGUGGGCCACCUCCUAAUGUGUCCUGGGUGCUCACUAAUCUUGUUUCAAACCACGAGAGUGACACAAGUAAGAACCCUGCCUCACUAACCAUAAAGAAUGUUUCAUCCAUGGACAGUGGACUGUGGAUUUCCUGUGUAGCAGAGAACAUUGUGGGAGAGGACCAAGCCUCUGCUGAGCUCACGGUAUUCUUUGCACCAAAUAUCACAUUUAUUGAAUCUCCAACCCCGGACCACCACUGGUGUAUUCCAUUCACUGUGAAAGGGAACCCUAAGCCCACACUGCAGUGGUUCUAUGAAGGGGCUAUAUUGAAUGAGUCUGAAUACAUCUGUACUAAAAUACAUGUUAUCAAUCAAAGUGAAUACCAUGGCUGCCUUCAGCUGGACAAUCCUACCCACCUGAAUAAUGGUGCUUAUACCUUACUAGCAAAGAAUGAGUAUGGAGAGGAUGAAAAACGGGUUGAUGCUCAUUUCAUGUCAGUGCCUGGAGACGGUAGUGGCCCAAUUGUGGAUCCAGAUGUUUAUGAGUAUGAAACCACGCCUAAUGAUCUUGGAGACACCACAAAUAACAGUAAUCAAAUAACUUCUACGGAUGUUUCCAACAAAGACAAUGAAGAUAGCAUCACUGUGUAUGUCGUGGUGGGAAUUGCAGCACUGGUGUGCACAGGCUUAGUAAUAAUGCUUAUUAUUCUGAAGUUCGGAAGGCACUCCAAGUUUGGGAUGAAAGUUCAUGGUGAAGUAAAAGGAGUUGGUCUGGUAGAUCAAAUAUGGCUUUCAUUGCAAGACUGCGACAAUGAAGAGCAAGUAAUGGUGACUGUCAACAGUGAUGUACAUAGUAACUCAACUGCAUCAGAUACCAGCAGACUGGGUUUUGUUUUAUUUCAUAAGAUCCCACUGGAUGGGUAAAUGAAAUAAGGAAAAGAUGAGAGAGGGGCUGUUGAGCUUGUGUGGAAGCUGUAUGCUGCAUAUUAGGGAGUGGACAGUGUUCUUGCCCUGUGAAGUGCCACCACCCUUGGACUUCUCUUUUAGACAUUGUUUGUGUUUGGAGAACUGUAGAAGUACAUUCAAAUCAGUAGCUGGUUUUGCAAGAACAGGGUGAAGCCAAGGCCUGAGGCAGCUAUAAAACUCAAGAAAGUCCAGAUAUAAGCUAUCAUACUCUUUUCUAUUGCCUUGUCCCCACUGUGUCUUCCAAAAUGACAUUGAGAUCAAAUUACAAUAUACUGUUUCCUCUGUCAAUUUUUUUCCGAUGAACUUAACUGGAAAGAUGUUGUUCAUAAAUAAUAUUUAUCAAAGGUGAACUGCAAAGUUGCUUUAAUUUUUUAUUGCAUUUGUGGCUCUGCAAAUCUUCAAAAGCCUAAUUUGAGCGUGUGUGUAAACUCACUGAUUUCAGUGGGAAUGCUCACAUCCUUGAAGUUAAGUUCUUUUUGGGGUGUGGCCUUCAAUCCUGAAGCAGUAAAUUGCAGAGCUGGCCCUGCAAAUCUUAUUUAUUUAUGUGGUUCCCCUGACUUUACCAGGAAGAUGGACAGUAUGAGCUGUAUACAGAAAGGUGGCAAUGCUGUUAGUGUGUUUGGAUAUUGAACCAGUGCCAUCAGUUACAGAUUCAGUUAGGUAGUGCUUAUUCAAUAUAGCCCAAUAAGUUUUGUGAGUGUACAAAUCUUUAGCAGGCUGGAAUGCUGAUUCUGAGCCAAGAGCAAGAUAACAACGCUAUACGCUUAGUCCUUCAGACUGUAUGCUUACAGGCAUAUUUAACUGUUCAAGUUUAACUGUGGAGUAUACUUCAGAAUAUGUUUCAGCAUACUUCAGAAUAUGUUUCAACAUACUUCAGAGGAGAAGCUAGUCUCUUCUGAGGAGAAUUAUUAUAACGAGUAAAGCAAAGCAAAGACAGUUUUGCAGGAGAAGGGACUGCAUUUAGAUAUAGUGCUAGACAUUCACUUUCAUGCUCUUUAUCAAACCUUGAGAUCUUUUCAGGUUAGGAAAUCAUUGUAAGAAAUAUAAAGUUUCUAGUGUUUUAACUGAGAGUUAACUACAAAGAUGAGCAGCAAAAAUUUGGGAUAGUUACAUUUCUAUGUAUUUUGCUUAUAUUUAUGAGUUAUGUUUUUAUUUUCAUUCCAUACAAUUACAGUCAGUAAAAAAGGAAAGAAGUUUUUUCUCUUCUGUAUGCACUUUUCAUUGGUUUUGCUAUUUAAUUUCAUCCAUUUUCACUCUUCCAUUGAAACACUGCUGUCUUUUCUUUCACUGUAGUCUCUUACAGCGUACACCAUCCCUCUGCCAAGACAAUAUUGUCUUGACUCUUUUGCCCUGUCUCUGUGUACUUACUUGCUUUAUGCCUUGUAAGACACUCAAUACUUCAGCUUUUCCCUUGUGUUUUUUUCAGUCUCUUGCAUCCAAGUUUCUUAUUCCUGCUGUGCUCAUUUUGGAAAUAUCCUUAUUAGUCAAGAAAUAUGUCUAUAUUUGCAUUCUUCUAGGCCUGUGUAGUGAGCUAUAUUCUUUCUCUUGCCACUGGAGUUGCAGAUGCUAAAGUGGUUUCUUACCUUCUGCCAAACCUGUCCCAAAGAUGUGUUCUUGUCCCUACAUUAAAGAAGAGGAUGGAACAUGGAACUGAAAGUCUACUGAUGACCUAGCAAUCAUGGUUUUGCCCUGCACAUACUGUGGUGAUCUGGGGAAGGAUGGAAGCAAUUAAAGCUGUCCAUCAUAAUUACUGUUUGAUGCUAGACAUCAACAAGUGUUGUGCUGGUCCUCAGAAACAAAAUUAGGAAUGUCUGCCUUUUUUCCUUCUUAAUUCUAUGUGGAUAUGGUCUUGUCUUAUUUUAGAGAGAUACUAACUUUCUCUUCAGAUUACUGUUUCUCUUUUAACUUUCCUUUAAUUAUUUUCAUCACAUACUUCUUCCUUACACCUUUCCUUCUAUUAAAAUAAAGUCUCAUAACACUGAGCAGAUUCUAAAUCAAUGGAUAAUUGUUUAGGUCAACAAUAUUUGAACUGAAGUCAGCGGAGUUACAUUAAAUGUCAGUUGGAUCAUGAGCAGAGCUUGACCCAGUAGCCCAGAUUCUAGUCUUCAUUUUUGCUGGGACAAUGUCAACAUAUUUGGUGUGUAUUCACAACUUAUUGCCAAAUAACUGAGAUGAGAUUUUGAAUCUUUUUGUUUUUUGGAAGGGAAAAGGCAAAGUUGCAGAGCUGUAAUUUGGCAGUUAAUUUUUGAAAUAUUUAAUUUUAAAAAGUAGUUCUUUCUGAUUCAUAAUAUUUAUAUGCAUAAAUGUGCACAGUUAUUGAUUGGGGAUUUUACAUAAUAUUUUUGUAAUUUAUUGUGUAGCACUUUGCAGUUCAUCUUUAUGAUAUAGAGUAGGUUUGUCCUUCAAAUAUUUCAGCAUGUACUGACACAGUAUUUUGGAUAUUAUGUAAUCAUGGAGAUAACUUUAAUAAACCACAACUGAUUUAUGCACCAGUGAUAUAUAUAUAUUUAUAUAUAUAUAUAUACAUAGUAGAAUAUCAUUCUUACAUAUUUUGUACUGUAUCUUAUAUAUUAGCCACUCAGUGCACUGUUACUUGACGCAGAUAUUCACAGAACUGUAUGGAUUACAGUAUGUGAUUUGUUGCUAAUAAUGUCUUAACGCCAAUGUUUAAUGAUUGGUGGAAAAAGACUAUGUGUUUCUAAAAUGGUUUAUUGUCAGUAUGUGGACAGAACCUCUUGAUGCUAACAGAGCUAGUUUUAACAUGGCAAUUAUAGUGCCCACUAGCUCCUGUCUUUCAGCUUGAUUGUAAGUGACAUUGCUUGUAACUGUAGAGAUUCUGAUCUGCCCAAAUGGUAUUGGUUUGCAAAGGGCUCCAUUAAUUACGAAUUCUUGACCUCCUUAAAAUAAAGCAAGACUGAAACUAAGAAUCAUGCAGGAAACAUUAACAUGGUAAAAGUUUCUGGACAUCCAGGAUUUGACAUUAAAAAGCUUUUAUAUUGUUUCACUGAGCAAUAAAAAAGGCUAUGAAAUGUCUAAAGCCAGAGUUGCUGUUUUUUUCACUGAAAAAAAUAAAGACAUUAAACUAAAA